UCCCGGCCCCUCCCGAGGCACCGCCCCCUCACCUGUGCGGCCCGAACACCUGGCGCCGCCUCCGGAAGAGGGGACUGGGCACCGCGGGGACCUGGACGCAGCCGACGGUGGCAGUCUGUUCCCACAGAUGCUGCAGGUGCCAUGAGCUCCCCGGAAGGGCCAAGCUUCCCCACGGGGCUGCUCUCCGGGGGCACCUCCCCGAGCGGUGAUGAAGGCUUCUUCCCUUUUGUCCUGGAACGGAGGGAUUCAUUCCUGGGAGUGGGCCCUGGGCCUGGGGAGCCAGAGGACCUGGCCCUGCAACUACAGCAGAAGGAGAAGGAUUUGUUGUUGGCGGCAGAACUUGGCAAGAUGCUUCUGGAGCGCAACGAAGAUCUUCGCAGGCAGCUGGAGACACUGAGCUCCCAGCACACUGAGCGUGAGGAACGGCUGCAGCAGGAGAACCAUGAGCUCCGCCGGGGCUUGGCAGCCCGGGGCGCAGAGUGGGAGGCCAGGGCUGUGGAGCUGGAAGGUGAUGUGGCAGCCUUGCGGGCCCAGCUGGGAGAGCAGCGCUCAGAGCAACAGGACAGUGGACGAGAGCGGGCUCGGGCCCUUGGUGAGCUCAGUGAACAGAACCUCCGGCUUAGCCAGCAGCUGGCCCAGGCCUCUCAGAUGGAACAGGAGCUUCAGAGAGAACUGGAUGCACUUCGGGCUCAGUGCCAGGCUCAAGCCCUGGCUGGAGCAGACCUGAGGACACAGCUAGAGAGUCUGCAAGGGGAGAAUCAGAUGCUGCAGAGCCGUCGGCAUGACCUGGAGGCCCAGAUUCGAAGCCUGCAUGAGGAGGUGGACAAGGGCCAGGGCAGGCUGCAGACUACUCAUGAGGAGCUGCUGCUGCUGAAGAGGGAGAGGAGAGAGCACAGCCUGGAGCUGGAACGCACGCGCUUUGAGGCUGGUGAGGCUCUGAGCGCACUGAGAAGGCUGCAGCGGCGAGUCUUGGAGCUGGAGGAGGAAUCACGCCUCCAGGACGCCAACAUGUCCAGCAGCUCACUGCAGUCGGAGCUUGCCCACAGCCUCAACAGUGACCAAGACCAGGAGCAGGAUGCCAGUGCAGGCAGAGACACCCAGAUCACUGUGUCCCUGGAGACUGAAGAGGCUUCCAGUCUCCGGCCUUCACCCCAGGUGGAUAGCUUGGAGCCCCCUAAGAAGCGAGCACCCCUGAGUCCAGCAGAAAUUUUAGAGGAGAAAGAGACGGAAGUGGCCAAACUGCAGGAUGAAAUUGCACUGCAGCAGGCAGAGCUGCAGACCCUGCGGGAAGAGCUGCAAAGGCAGAAGGAGCUUCGGACUCAGGAAGAUCCCGAGGAGGCCCUGAGCAGGGCGCUUUCAGACCGCGACCAAGCCGUGAACAAGGCCCUGGAACUGUCUCUGGAGCUUGGCCGGGUCUCGCUUGAGCGAGACUCCCUGUCCCGAGAGCUGCUGCGCACCAUCCGCCAGAAGGUGGCGCUAACGCAAGAGUUGGAGGCCUGGCAGGACGACAUGCAGGUGGUGAUUGGGCAGCAACUGCGCUCUCAACGGCAGAAGGAGCUGAGUGCAGCAGCAUCAGGUCCACGCCGCACCUCCACUGGUUUCUCACUGCGCCUGGGUCCUGGGCCGGCUGGUGGCUUUCUCAGUAACCUCUUUCGAAGGACCUGACAUCUGGCUGAGGAGGCAUCCUUUCCCAAGGUGGCAUUUACUUUCCUCUAAUGGUCAAUGGAGCUACAAGGCCCGGAUUUCCCCGCCCCCAAAGCUGGGCCGGGGUUCUUCCCAUGCAGGUGCCAGUUUUGGGGCCAGGGGCUGGUCGGUGGCAGAGCAAAGGCAUCUAUUUUAGCAUCUGUAUAGGUUUGUCUUCUCUACCUAGGCCCCCUGCUCUGGCCUGCUCCAGGGCAGGAGAGGGGGCAGGUAUUUAUGUAUCAAAAUUGGACAGAGUAAUAUAUAUAAAUCACUACAUGGA